UUCUCACUUGUGCUUAUGGAUCCUCCAUGGGAAAAUAAAAGUGUAAAAAGAGCUAAACAGUAUGCAUCUAUGGAUUGCUAUCGCCUUUCAAACAUUCCGCUUGGACAAUUGGUUUUACCCAAUGGAAUUGUUGCUGUAUGGGUUACAAACAAGUCUAAAGUACGUGAAAUGGUAUUGAACAGACUUUUUCCAGCUUGGGGAGUAGAGUUUGUUACUGAAUGGGUUUGGCUUAAAGUCACUCAUCACGGCGACUUGGUCAUUGAUCUUGAAAGUGCGCAUCGCAAGCCGUUUGAAAUAUUGAUUCUUGGUCGAAAGAAGCCAUCCAGAGUAUUGAAAGACUCUAGUCAUACGGAUCAAGAAUUUAAAGUAGAUCCCAUUCCAUCCAAAGUGAUUGUGAGUGUUCCAUCCAAACAUCACUCACAGAAACCCUUUAUCCAUCAUCUACUGGAGCAGUUUGUAACAACGCAAGCAAAUGGAAAACUGGAAUUAUUUGGUAGAAACUUGUAUCCAGGAUGGCAUUCUUGGGGAAAUGAAGUAAUAAAGUUUAAUUCGCUCUAA